ACCAGACCCGCUAUCAUUCUUUCAUCUCUCUCUCUCUCUCUCUCUCUGGGUUUUUUUAAUCUCUGCAAAUUCCUCCUUUAGACAUUAUUUUACAGGAUAGUCUCUGCAGAUUCUUAUCUUUGAAACCAUUUCUAAGUGCUUUUUGGAACCAUAGGCUACCGCAAAUACUUUCUUUUAUAUGGGCAUUUGAGUCUUUUAUGGACGUAAAUGUUUGUUUAAAAGGGCCAACGUGUACGUUUUAAUGGUCGAAAAAUGGAGUCAGCUGAGAACGAUGUGCCCAAUAGGAAUUUGAAUGCGAUGGAGUCAGCUGAGAUCGAUGUGCCCAAUAGGAAUUUGAAUGCGGCAGAGCUUGAGUUGGUCAAAUUAGAUGGAAGUUCCGGUCAGUCUGAAUCAGAUAUCCGGUUUGAGAGGGCGAUUUCUGUUGAAAAUUCCGUUAGCAUGACGACUCUGAUACUGAGUUCGACCAUUGCGGCUGGCGUUCAAUUUGGAUGGGCUUUGCAACUUUCUCUUUUGACGCCUUAUAUACAGACCCUUGGAAUUGAGCAUGCGUUUUCUUCAUUCAUUUGGCUUUGUGGUCCUAUUACCGGCCUUCUGGUUCAGCCAUGUGUUGGUGUAUGGAGUGAUAAAUGCCAUUCAAAAUUUGGAAGAAGGCGGCCAUUUAUUUUUGUUGGGUCUCUCAUGAUUUGUAUAGCAGUUACCAUUAUUGGAUUCUCUGCGGACAUUGGAUAUCUAUUUGGGGAUACGAAGGAGCAUUGCAGUACCUAUAAAGGUACUCGUGCAUGGGCCGCAUUCAUCUUUGUUGUCGGCUUUUGGAUGCUGGAUCUUGCCAAUAACACAGUACAAGGUCCUGCCCGUGCACUAUUAGCGGAUCUCUCAGGUCCUGACCAGCGAAAUGCAGCAAAUGCGGUAUUCUGUUCUUGGAUGGCUCUUGGGAAUAUCUUGGGGUAUUCUGCUGGUGCUAGUGGACAAUGGCACAGGUGGUUCCCUUUCUUGACCACACGAGCUUGUUGUGCAGCCUGUGGAAAUCUGAAAGGAGCUUUCCUCGUAGCUGUGUUCUUUCUCGGUAUCUGUGCUAUUGUGACCCUCUAUUGUGCUCGAGAGGUUCCACUGGAUUCUGCUACUUUAUUAGAUGGCACCAAUGACCAUGCCCAAGGAGAUCUCAAUAUGGAAUCUGAUAAAUCAGUUGGGAAUCUUGCAUCUGGUGAUGCUAAAACUGAUGUUGAUACUCUCGGCGAUAAAAAGAAAGAGGAUGAGAAGGGGAUACAUAAUGAUGGACCUGGAGCAGUCUUGGUCAAUCUUUUAACAGGCAUCAGACAUCUACCUCCAGCUAUGCACUCUGUGCUCCUAGUCAUGGCUCUUAGUUGGUUGUCAUGGUUUCCAUUCAUUCUCUUUGACACUGAUUGGAUGGGUCGUGAAGUUUACCAUGGAGAUCCAAAAGGAGAUGUGUCAAAGGUAGCAGCUUAUGACAGUGGAGUCAGAGAAGGUGCAUUUGGUUUGCUAUUGAAUUCACUUGUUCUCGGGAUCAGCUCUUUCCUUAUCUAUCCAAUGUGUCAAUGGAUUGGUUCUAGUUCAGUAUGGGCAAUGAGCAAUUUCAUUGUAUUUGCAUGCAUGGCAUGCACUGCAGUCAUUAGUGUGCUAUCCAUUAGGGAACAUGCUCAAGGAAUCCAGCAUGUCAUUGGAAAAAGUGGUGCAGUUAAAGUUGCUUCAUUGGUUAUAUUUGCUCUUCUUGGAUUUCCCCUUGCCAUUACAUAUAGUGUUCCAUUCUCUGUGACAGCAGAGUUGACUGCUAACAGUGGAGGUGGUCAAGGACUGGCUAUAGGUGUUCUAAAUCUUGCUAUUGUGGUACCCCAGAUGAUAGUUGCACUGGGGGCUGGUCCAUGGGAUGCCCUUUUCGGUGGGGGCAAUGUACCUGCAUUUGUUCUUGCUUCUCUCUUUGCACUUGCCGCUGGUAUCAUAGCAACAAUUAAGUUGCCAAGGAAAUCUCCGAAAUCUUAUAAGGACGAGGUUUUUGUGCAGCCAAACCUGCAUAUAUAGAAAUGCGGGCUUAUUAAUAAAUCUUUUUUGGAGAUGGAUUUUUGGAUCUAAUUUUUAAGGACAUGU